AUGGAUGAAGCUCAGCGACUCAGCCCUGAGCUGCUGGCCUCCCUGCAGUCCCUGAGAGACGACGACGACUACACCCUGCUGCCUCAGUCCCUGCAUCAGAUGGCAGAGGCCUUCUCUCUGAAAGACGACUACCAGUGGGCCAUCCGAUUCCUGCAGCUGGAGAAGCUCUACCACGAACGUCUGCUCUUCAAUCUUUCUGCCCUGCAGGAGAACUGGGAGAGCCAGUUAGCAGAGAAGAAGGAUGCUGAGAGCAGUUUGUCUGCAGAGACAGAUGGGAUCAGUCAGAAACACAUUGAGACGCUGAGCCAUAUCUGCAGAACACAUCACAGACCGUCUGCCAGCGUGGACCAGGAAAAACCAGCUACAGCUCUGAAAGACAGUCAAACCAAGACUGAGAUUCUGCAAGCGUGUCAUGAUGAAGCCAGCGAACCCCAAGAGUGGGGACAGAACCCCAUCUCCAAGGUUUCCUCCCCACAGAGGAGCCACGAGGAGGAGCUGGGCGGAGGAGAACAGGCGUUAGAGGAGGGACAGGAAGUAGAGGAGGAGGAGCACUGUGAGGAGACGCCCGAGGAUGAGGAGGUGAAGGUGGAGUGGCCAACAGGAGUACCGCAGGCGUCGGACAAAGAGCUGGCCAAGCUGUCCCACACAGAGGGGAACUCCUCCCCAGAAGGUCUAGUGUCCAUCCUGAAGAGGAGGCGAGCUUCUCUGGACGGGCUGCCUCCUCCCAGCAGCACCUCAGACAAACAGAGCUCCAAACGUAAAGUUCGAUUCAGCGAUCCUGAAGACGGCAUCGAGCAAGAUGAGGUGAGAGGAGACUCGUGUCUCAUCCUGCUGCUGCUGUGUCUGGUGACUGUGGUGAUCAGUGUUGGAGGGACUGCACUCUACUGCACCCUGGUGGGGACGUACUCCAACAUCUGCACAGACUUCUCCCACAAUGUCGACUUCUACGUUUCAAAUGUUCACGGGUUCUUUGAAGGGCUUGGACACUGGCUGCCCGUCUGGACUUAG